AAGGUUUAUUAGUGGACCAAAACAUGUCAGAGAAAUUUAUGGAGCGAAGAAAAAAAUAUAAACAAUUUAGCGUUGUUUUUUUAUCUCUGAUAAUGACGUCCUUGUUUCUUUUAUUUUACGGUGACAUUUAUUUAAUCAGAUAUAAAAGUCACUAGUUUCCUAACUUUGUUUCAUUGUCAUCGUAGAAUACUCUCUGUUAUCAUGCGGAUACAGACUUGACCAUUCUUUCGGAAAAUAAAUUAAACUAGAAGAAAAUGUUUAAGUUAUUAUUAGAACUAUUUUUUCUCGGCGUAGUGAUACACUCUAGUAAAGCUGGAUUAUUAUUUAGUACCCAGCAAGCUAUUGCCUCUGAUGCUAUUAACGAAGAUGACUGGGAAUCUGUGUACAGAAUUUACCAAGGUGAUGACUGGGAUUCUCACGAUGACUACCUCAGUCAGGAAAGAACGGCACGGUACGGGGAUGAGGACGAUUCACAGUUCCGUAGCUGGAAAUUAGACCAGUGGCAUCAUAAUAACAUACAGAAGGUUCGCAUAGAACUAUAUGACGAUGGUGACGAGGUGGCCGAGUUCGAGUUUGAAGGUCUUAUGCAAAAUAUGACAAGUUUCUUCAAUCCCAGAAACCUCCGUAAAACAACUUAUGUUGAUAUACCAGUAGAUGGUUCACCUUUCCCGGGAGAUGACUUUAGUUUUGAUGGAGAUGAUGAUGCCCGUCACUGGACCGUCAGUUCUCGACAUCGUGGUGACUGUUUUAACGACGAAGGUUGGAUACAGGUCAUAGACAAACCUAAACCAGGCCGAGAUCGAUGUGUAUGUGGAUAUGAAAAUGUCGCCAAAUUCCCUACCAUUAUGUACGCUAAGGGAGACAGAAAAACGAAAUGGAGCGAUCCACGUUCGGUAGGUUACGCCGACAUGAUGCAGAUAUCUGUAAGUCACGUGCCAUAUCCGGCUGCCCCGCAACCCGUUCAGGUCUCCCAAAGGAAUCAACAAUCUCAACCAAAUCAGUUCAGAACUAUAGUACGCGUUAAUCCUUUCGAAUUCAAGAAGAAGAAAUAGAUAACAUUUUUGUUAAAUCAUCUUUUAUAAAUAUGCUGUGUUUAUAUGAUAUGACAAUAACACGUUGGUAGUACUGGAUUUCUAUUAUUUUCAGUGGCAAUUAUUCUUACAGUUAUCCUAAAAAGGAUGCUUUUCUGAAAUUUGACAUUGUUUAGACUGAUUUUAACC